AGUGCCGCGUUCCGUGUCUGCUCCGCCGUGCGCGCGUGCUGGGGGCGAGUUGGGGGCUCGGCCUGCGCUCCGGGUGAGACCCUGGCUGCUCGCCGCUGGUGGAUGGUAAUUGCCUGCCUCGCGCUAGAAAGGCACACCUAUUGUCCUUAACUGACUUUCCUGGUCAUCAGCACUCUUUCAGAAGUGUUUCAUUUCCCCCUCAGCAAAUAUGGAAGACUAUCCUGAUAUGCCCAGACAUUCUUUGCUGUGAUUUCUGCUCUGUUAAAAGUGAAAAUGAAACAGUUGCCUGCGGCAACAGUUCGACUCCUUUCAAGUUCUCAGAUCAUCACUUCAGUGGUCAGUGUUGUAAAAGAGCUCAUUGAAAACUCCUUGGAUGCUGGUGCCACAAGCAUAGAUGUUAAACUGGAGAACUAUGGAUUUGAUAAAAUUGAGGUGCGAGAUAACGGGGAGGGUAUCAAGGCUGCUGAUGCACCUGUGAUGGCAAUGAAGUACUAUACCUCAAAAAUAAAUAGUCAUGAAGAUCUUGAAAAUUUAACAACUUACGGUUUUCGUGGAGAAGCCUUGGGGUCAAUUUGUUGUGUAGCUGAGGUUUUAAUUACAACAAGGACGGCUGCUGAUAAUUUUAGCACCCAGUAUGUUUUAGAUGGCAGUGGCCACAUACUUUCUCAGAAACCUUCACAUCUUGGUCAAGGUACAACUGUAACUGCUUUAAGAUUAUUUAAGAAUCUACCUGUAAGAAAGCAGUUUUACUCAACUGCUAAAAAAUGUAAAGAUGAAAUAAAAAAGAUCCAAGAUCUCCUUAUGAGCUAUGGUAUCCUUAAACCUGACUUAAGGAUUGUUUUUGUACAUAACAAGGCUGUUAUUUGGCAGAAAAGCAGAGUAUCAGGUCACAAGAUGGCUCUCAUGUCAGUUCUGGGGACUGCUGUUAUGAACAAUAUGGAAUCCUUUGAGUACCACUCUGAAGACUCUCAGAUUUAUCUCAGCGGAUUUCUUCCAAAGUGUGAUGCAGACCACUCUUUCACCAGUCUUUCAACCCCAGAAAGAAGUUUCAUCUUCAUAAACAGUCGACCAGUACAUCAAAAAGAUAUCUUAAAGUUAAUCCGACAUCAUUACAAUCUGAAAUGCCUAAAGGAAUCUACGCGUUUGUAUCCUAUUUUCUUUCUGAAAAUCGAUGUUCCUACAGCUGAUGUUGAUGUAAAUUUAACACCAGAUAAAAGCCAAGUAUUAUUGCAGAAUAAGGAAUCUGUUUUAAUUGCUCUUGAAAAUCUGAUGACGACUUGUUAUGGACCACUACCUAGUACAAAUUCUUGUGAAAAUAACAAAACAGAUGUUUCCGCAGCUGACAUCGUUCUUAGUAAAACAGCAGAAACAGAUGUGCUUUUCACUAAAAUGGAAUCAUCUGGAAAGAAUUAUCCAAAUGUUGAUACUUCAGUCAUUCCUUUCCAAAAUGAUGUGCAUAGUGAUGAAUCUGGAAAAGACACUGAUGAUUGUUUAAAUCACCAGAUAAGUGUUGGUGACUUUGGUUUUGGUCAUUGUAGUAGUGAAAAUUCUGACAUUGAUAAAAAUACUAAGAAUGCUUUUCAAGACAUUGCAAUGAGUAAUUUAUCAUGGGAGAACACUCAGAUGGAAUAUAGUAAAACUUGUUUUGUAGGUUCCGUUAGGCACACCCAGUCAGAAAAUGGCAAUAAAGGCCAUAUAGAUGAGAGUGGGGAAAAUGAGGAAGAAGCAGUCCUUGAAAACUCUUCAGAAAUUUCUGCAGAUGAUUGGAGCAGGGGAAAUAUACUUAAAAAUUCAGUGGGAGAGAAUAUUGAACCUGUGAAAAUUUUAGUGCCUCAAAAAAGUUUACCAUGUAAAGUAAGUAAUAAUAAUCAUCCAAGCCCUGAACAAAAGAAUCUCAAUGAAGGUCCAUGUAACAAAAAAUCAAAUGUAAUACAUAGUAAAUCUGGACAGAUUACAGCUUAUGAUUUACUUAGCAAUCGAGCAAUCAAGAAACCCAUGUCAGCAAGUGCUCUUUUUGUUCAAGAUCGUCGUGCUCAGUUUCUCAUAGAAAAUCCUAAGGCUAGUUUAGAGGAUGCAACAGUACAAAUUGAAGAACUGUGGAAGACACUGAGUGAAGAGGAAAAACUGAAAUAUGAAGAGAAGGCUACUAAAGACUUGGAACGAUACAACAGUCAAAUGAAGAGAGCCAUUGAACAGGAGUCACAAAUAUCAUUAAAAGAUGGCAGAAGAAAGAUAAAACUCACCAGCACAUGGAAUUUGGCCCAGAAGCACAAGUUGAAAACCUCAUUAUCUAAUCAACCAAAACUUGAUGAACUCUUUCAGUCCCAAAUUGAAAAAAGAAGUCAAAAUAUUAAAAUGGUAAAGAUCCCCUUUUCUAUGAAAAACUUAAAAAUAAAUUUUGAGAAACAAAACCAAGUUGACUUAGAAGAGAAGGAUGAACCUUGCUUGAUCCACAGUCUCAGGUUUCCUGAUGCAUGGCUAAUGACAUCCAAAACAGAGGUAAUGUUAUUAAAUCCAUAUAGAGUAGAAGAAGCUCUGCUAUUUAAAAGACUUCUUGAGAAUCAUAAACUUCCUGCGGAGCCACUGGAAAAGCCAAUUACGUUAACAGAGAGUCUUUUUAAUGGAUCUCAUUAUUUAGACGUUUUAUAUAAAAUGACAGCAGAUGACCAGAGAUUCAGUGGAUCAACUUACCUGUCCGAUCCUCGUCUUACAGCAAAUGGUUUCAAGAUAAAAUUGAUACCAGGAGUUUCAAUUACUGAAAAUUACAUGGAAAUAGAAGGAAUGGCUAACUGUCUCCCAUUCUAUGGAGUAGCAGAUUUAAAAGAAAUUCUUGAUGCUAUCUUAAACAAAAAUGCAAAGGAAGUUUAUGAAUGUAGACCUCGCAAAGUGCUAAGUUAUUUAGAGGGAGAAGCAGUGCGUCUAUCCAGACAAUUACCCAUGUACUUAUCAAAAGAGGACAUCCAAGACAUUAUCUACAGAAUGAAGCACCAGUUUGGAAAUGAAAUUAAAGGAUGUGUUCAUGGUCGUCCAUUUUUUCAUCAUUUAACCUAUCUUCCAGAAACUACAUGAUUAAAUAUGUUUAAGAAGAUUAGUUACCACUGAAAUUGGUUCUGUCGUAAAACAGUAUGAGUCCGGUUUUAAAUUAUCUUUGUAUUUUGCGCUAUAUGGUUAUUUUUUAAAUGAGAAUUCACUGACUUGUUUGUAUAUUGAAAAAAGUUCCAAGUAUUGUGGAAAGGAUAAAUAAACUAUUAUAAACUAUU